GGAUGAGGAACAAUUUUUUUAUAAUUAAUAAUGAAUGAUUAUGAUGAAUAAUUUAUAAUUCUAUUCAGGUAAAACAGAUGGGGAAAAUAGGAACCCUGUACAUGGUGUUGAAAAUGCUAGAAUGUUUCUCAGUCUAAAUAAAGGUCCGUUUCAACCAAUGGAUGUAACGUUUCCUAUCAAAAAUGGAAGGAAGUUCCGAAUAGAGUGGUUUAAUGAAUAUUGUUGGCUUGAAUACAGUGUAGCUAUAGAUUCAGCAUAUUGUUUUUUCUGUCGAGCAUUUUAUAAGUCUGAGAAAAUGGACGAUUCUUUUACCAUCAAAGGUUAUAACAACUGGAAAAAAGCUAUUGAAAGAUUCAAUAUUCACCAAAAAAAUUCACAGCAAAGUAAAAUUAUUGCAGAAAAUCGAAAGUACUUAGUAACUAUUCUUGAAACUCUACUUUUUUGUGCUAAACAAUGUAUCGCACUACGUGGACAUAAUGAAAAUUAUCAAAGUGAUAACCAAGGCAAUUACUAGAACUCUUAAAAAUGAGAUCUCAAGAUAAUAGUAUCAUUGAAAAAUAUUUUUCAAACAAAGAAAAAACCUUUCGGUAUGUAAGCCCUGAGUAUCAAAAUAUAUUUUUAAAUUUAUUAAGUAAUAAUAUUUUGUCUCAAAUUAUUGACUUGGUUAAGAAUGCUGGAAUAUACAGUGUAAUCAUGGAUGAAACUCAGGAUUUACGAAAACAUGAGCAAGUAUCUAUUGUGCUUAGAUAUUGUGAUGAGAAAUUAAAUGUUUUUGAAAGUUUCAUCGGAUUUUAUAGAACCGAUAAAAUGGACGGAGAAUCCCUUUCAAAUCUAUUAAAACACACUUUAUUGAAUUUAGGUUUAAAAUUGGAAAAUAUUAGGGCCCAAUGUUAUGAUGGUGCUGCCUCAAUGCGAGGCUCGUAUUCAGGUGUUGCUAAAAGAAUAAAAGAUGAUAAUCCGUUAGCACUAUAUAUCCAUUGCUAUGCUCAUAUUCUCAAUUUAUGUGUUGUUGAUGUUUGUGAACAAGUAGCAUCAGUUAGAAAUAUGUUUGGUAUUUUAAAAAGUAUUUAUGCGUUCAUUGGGGCUUCUUCUAAAAGAUAUUCUAUUUUUGAAAAUAUUCAGAAUGAGUCAAAAUUACCAAAUAUUACUUUGAAAUCACUUAGUGAUACAAGGUGGAAUUGUCGAGUAGAAGCCAUUAAAUCAGUAUUAAAGAACUUCGAAUGUAUUAUUUCAACAUUAGAACAUAUUUCUGACACAGAUCCUGUACAUGGACCUGAAGCAAAUUCCAUUCUAAAAAAUAUUAAAGAUUUUGAGUUCAUAUUUUGUUUAAAUCUGAUGAAACUAGUUUUAGAGCUGACUAAUAGUUUAUCCCUUUAUUUUCAAAAAAAAAUAUAAAUUAUUCUACUGUUAAAAGCUUAACAAAUGC